CAUAAGCCAAACCACUGAUUGCCUUACCCUUGACCUAGACAAUGAGGCACUGUGGAUUGAUGUGAUAGAUUUGGUUAUCAGCAAGGACUGCGAGGCUAUUGUGGCAGAUAUGUCUCAUUUUGAAAGGAGCGCUUUCCUGACUGUAUGUCGAGAUUUUUAUCUUGUGGCAGCAAAAGAGGUCAAACGUCGAUUGCCUCUGUCAUGCCCUGUUCUAUCUGCUCUCCGGUUUCUAUGCCCCGAAAGAGGCAAGGAACGCUCAGCAAGAGAAAUUGGCCACCUAGCUAGCCAAUUCUCGAAUGUUGUCCUCCCAGAGAAUAUUACCAAGCUGCAGCGGGAGUGGCAGCGCUAUCAGACCGAGAGCACUUCUAGUCGAAGUUCAUUACCUCUGGCUAUAGACAAACACUGGCAUGAAUUGAUUAAAAGGUCAGAUGCCUCUGGCUGCCAGGAAUUUCCUCUUUUAUCUUGUUUUGCAUCAGCUAUGCUAGUUAUACCACAUUCUAGUGCAGAUAUCGAACGAAAUUUUUCAAACAUGGGCAGCGACAAAUCCAAUACCCGCAACAGUAUCGGUACGCCCUUGCUUAACAGCUUGAUGACAAUUGGUUGCAAUAAAGGUCAAAUGACGUGCUUAACGUUUACACCCACGCCAUCGAUGAGACGGGAGCUGCCACAACAUGUGGCUAAGGCAGCUGGUCGUGCCAAGAAUACCAAGUCCGCUGCAACAAAUAGGAGCACUGGAGUAAAUCAAGAAGCAGCUUGUGCAAAGACACCCGUCCUAGUGUGUCAAUCUGAAUCAUCUGCACACAACCCAUGCCCAAUGCAAGAUUUGAAAGAACCUGUUAUUCAAUUUCAGACAAAACGCAGAUCUAGUUCAGUUACAAAGCAUCCUCCUUUCUCACGCAAGCGUCCAAGUACUUCUGCUAUCCACACCCAUCCUGCCACAACGGCCAGCAAAAUGAGCAAACGAGGUGAUACUCCAACAGCCCAUAAUGCAAGUAGUCCGAAAGUUAAUGCAUUUGAGUUUCUUCAAUCACAGUUACUUCACCACAAUGAGAAUCUAGACUCUAAAGAGAUAUGGACAUACCGGGGUUCAGAAUACCUAUUAGCACCUUCGCUCCGCCAGUCUCGUAUUGAUGGACGUGAUGGCAGCAAUGCUUGCACUGUCAUAGCAGCUCAAGUGUGUCAGCUGAUUCUUUUGCAGAAAGACUCGUUUUUACUACCGCCUGAAACCUCUUUCCUAGAAGAGACUCUUGUCAACGCUAUGAGGGCAGGAAAUGCUACGUACGAUCAGAUGGGCUUGAAGGGGUUUCUGAGUGCAUACGAUGUUGUAAGCAUGGAACCCUCGCCCACCCUUCUAGCUUCGGAGGAUUAUUUCAUACGACCGGGAUGUUGGCAGGGGCUAGUAGAUUUUGUCCCCGGCAGGCUACGUUCUUUCACUGAUGACAAAGUGGUGGCUGGCGUGCUAGUUGUAUCACCUUAUUCAUUUGCAGUGUGCUACCUGCAGGAACACAGCUUGUUCAUUGUGUUUGACAGCCAUUCACAUGGUAACGCAGGUGGCUUGAUUGGCAGAGUGCCAAAGAAUUUUGCUGCUAAAUACUUUGAAGAGUUCCUUGGUCGCCACUAUGCACACCUAGAAUUUGUUCCUUCUAGUAGCAACAAAGUAGCGCAAUUUACAAGCUUAAUCGUUAAGGAUUUGUGGUAA